AUGGGCCGACCAACCCUACUGUCAGCCAGCCACUACGAGACUCGCAUGCUUUUUGAGUUAAUUGACUGCUGUGAUCUCGAGUUUUUCCACCUUGAAGAACUAAGAGUCGAAGAAUGUCUAAGCCAUCCUGAGGCUCUGGACCUUAUGUUACGCCUUUCACGACACCAAAAGCUCAAGACGUUUGCGUUGGUGUUAUCUCAGUCCCAUCCUCUCCUAGGAUCACUGUACUCCGCGCUCAUACGUGAGGGAAUUGUCAACCUAUGGCCCAGACUAAAGGCGUUGUUCCUUGACGUGGUAGAUCAGUCCGGGCUCGAGAGGCUGUCCAUCUUCGCGGAUCUUCAAAUACUUAGGUUGGGCCGCAUACAGCCUGCAAUGUUCGCUACUGAACCCAAUAUCAUCAAAAGUAUCAUGCAGUGUCGACAGUUACGAGUCAUUGAACUGGUUUCCCUUGAGCUCGACAACGGAAAGUCUCUUGCUGACAUCGCGCUUGGCUGUCCAUUACUACAAAAAUUUAGCGUGGGCCAUCUCAAGCUAGACUCCGAAUUAUUAGACGAAAGCCUGGUUUUAAAUCUCGUGGUCCACCUGCCUCUCUUAGAGUUUCUUGCCCUCGGAAUGAAAUGCCAGAUGGAUGGUGCUUUCCUCGGCAAUGUUGCGCAUCACUGCCCCCGAUUGAAGGUGCUUAACUUACAUGACGGUCAACUGUGCCUAUCUAUCGACUUGAUUGCAAAACUACAUCCCUUUCAGAAGCUGGAGAGUAUGCAGUUCUCGAGGACAUACUUUGAGAAUGCACGACGUCUCUUACAACGAAAUACAAUGCAGAUUCUUGUGACACAGUGGCGCAGGCUAUUUCCAAAGCUUCGUGAAAUGCCAUGUACUGCAGAUAUCUACUCUAAUUUCAUGCAAGGUGAUAAUGUAGAACAUCCCGAAGACGAUGAUGCUUAUGAAGAGACAGCAGCCGUUUUGCCAGGUCUGGACUUUGAUGACUACGAUUCUGAUUGGUUUGUUCUGCGAACGAAACUCUGGAAGGCUCUGGUUAUGGGAGAGACAUGGAUAUACAUGACAAAAUUGAGUAUAUGUGGCAGACCAACAUGGAAAUUGAGAUGA